AUGAUCACAUACACAAAGCUGUCUAUUUCCACGUCUCCCAAGAAGCUGAAAGUCCUCUUAAGCAGAGGGGCCGCCUCUUACCCUGUAACCUCCACCAUCUCCCUAAGUCCUUGCCGCCUCCUACGGUCCCACCUUCCCUCAUCUUCUACAAAACUCCUCUGCGAACUUCGCCCGCUCCUUCUCCAGACCCUGUCGCGCACCACAUUGCUCCAUCCUACUCCUCCCGGGCGCCCCCACCCCACACAGCUGCCGCCCGCCGCCCGCCUUCCUCCCCAGGGCCCGGCCAGGCCUCAGGCCUCCACCUCAGACCCCCUUUCAGAGCUGCCGGGGGGCUACCCGCAGCCUCGGCGUCAACGCCGACCUCCACCCCCCCGCCUCACCCCACUUCCCGCGGCUCGAGCCCGAGUCCUACCACCGAGGCCACUCCCGCUCGGCACCCCCGGUCCUUUAUUGUUGACUCGAAGCUCCCAAAAUGGCGGCCGCUCCUUCCUCCUCGGAAACCUCCGCCCGCCCCCACCCGGCCCCUCGCUUCGGCCUCCUCCCGCCCCGCCCCCGCUCAGCUGCCAGGGCUGCUCUGCCGGCCAGCCAGCGCCUGCCCGCUCCCGAGGCCGUCCAGCCCUACCUCCGCCGCUACCCGCGCUCAAGGCGCCGUCGAAGCCGCCGCCCGGACUGAGCUAA